UUCUUGGGAGAGCAUGUGAAGUUACCAAUCUAACCUUCAUCUUUGUUGGAAAUUAUCCCUUUGACAGAUUAGCUUGCAAUUCUCCUCCUUCUUCCAACGAGAACUGUGUAUCAACUACAAGUCUUCAAGCCAACGAGUCAAAACAAACAUGUUCUCUAGGUUGGUUGGGGAACUAAGGGUAACCAAAUAUAUAGAUGCAGCAAAUAGAAUAUAGAAAACCAAUCCAUUUCUCACUUUCCUUGCCUUUAGAAAGCCCAGAUUCCACUCCUCUCUGCUCUCUUCUUCUCUUUAUCUGUGUUUGAAUAUUAUGGACCGACAACGUCGCCGGAAACAAGCCAAGAUAACCAAAGAUCAUGAAUCUGAAGAAGUUAGUAGUGUCGAAUGGGAGUUCAUUAACAUGACUGAGCAGGAGGAGGAUAUCAUCUACAGAAUGUAUAGGCUGGUUGGAGAAAGGUGGGAUUUGAUAGCUGGAAGGAUUCCAGGGAGGAAAGCAGAAGAAAUAGAGAGAUUUUGGAUAAUGAAACACACUGAAGGGUUUGCAGAGAGAAAAGAACACAAGAAAAAGACUCCUAAAAGAAUUUGGCCACGGGCUUUUAAUGCUUUGAAAUAGGGGGUUCUUGACUUCUUUCAUUCUUCUUCAUUCUUUCUACUGUCCUAAUUUUUGUGCAGCAGAUUUACAGAUUUUUCUCUAGUAGGGUUAUGUAAAUCAAACUUCCUUUCUUGCAAACAAUCGGUUCCCAUGGUCUGUAGUAAGGCAGAACAUAUGACAUGCGGGCAAAUGAUUUGAACAAAGAUUCAUAAAUUUGUUGUACAUGUUGGUUCUGCAACGAUAUAAAACGGCAUGAGCAUCUUUUGCUGCCAACUAGUAUUUUGCUAAUUUGUUUCAGAUUUUUGUUUGAUUGUCGAACGUUUAGCAACAUUAGAUUAAAAUAAACCAGUUUAAUGAACUAAAUAAGUUACCAGUUUUUAAAUUUUGCACUAAGUUGUCAAUUUUAGUUGUUCAAAUUUUGACAUCCAAGAUGAAAAGCAAGCAACAGCUAUAAUACUAAAUGGAACCCAAGUUUGCUUACGUUUUGCUUGAUUAAUUUAAAAGCAUGUUUGGUGAGGAAAAAAAGGGAGAGGGGAGACAAGGGAAAUGAGAAAUUUUCCCUUAUUUGGAUAAGAAAAGAAAUUUCAGGGGAUAUUUUCUAUAAUUUUCUUUUUCUUUGAUAAUUUUAAGCUAUCCAAAUAAGGUUUGUAUAUUCCUUCAUUUUCUUUCUUCUAAUUUCAUUCCGCUCCUCCCCCUCACCAUCUCCCUCAACCAAACAAGAUGUGGGAUGCCUGUUUUCAACUAAUCACUAUCUUUCACAAUCAACUUUGCUUGGGCUUUAAAUGAUUUCCCAGAAGAGAUUAAUUUCCAAUGUUUCAGCACCUCCCAUCUAUUUGGUGAGCUAACACUACCUCAGAAAAAGAUCUAUUUCUUUCAUUCAAAUUACUGACACUGCACCAGCUAGCAUUAUACAGUUGGGAAUAAUCAAUGAUAGCAUGGAUUGAGUGCAAUUCUGGUAUCUUGUGGAAGGUUAAAUGGUACAGAAAAUUACAAAUGCAGUGUAAGAUUGAGUG